GCUGACGCCUGGCAGCCCCCUGGACCACUCCCUCUCCCCAUCAUCGGCAACACCCAUCUCCUCCCGGACUGCAAACCAUGGAUCUACUUCGAGAAACUCUCCAAAGAAUACAACGCCCCGCUCAUCACCUUCUGGAUCGGCCGCAACCCCACCGUCUGGAUCUGCGAUGCCUGGUGCGCCAACGAGCUACUCGACAAGCGCGCGGGCAUCUACGCGUCGCGCCCAAGGAUGGUCGUCUUCGGCGAGCUGGGCACCGGCCAGACGAACCUGGUCACCAUGUACUACGGCGAGCGGUGGAGGCUGCACCGCAAGCUGACGCACAUGGGCGUCGGCCUGCAGCAGGUGCGCAGCUACCGCGGUUUUCAGAACGACGAGAGCAAGGUCGUUGCGUACAACUUGCUGUCUUCGCCGGAGGAGUAUGUCAAGCACUUUGAGCGCUACGCCGCCAGCGUCGUCUCGAUCAUUGGGUUUGGUCGCCGCAUCGCUAGUUAUACCGAUCCUAUCAUCACCGAGGUCAUUGCUGUUAUGCAGCGGGCUGCGGAUUUGAAUGUGCCGGGGAAGAAGUUUCCUAUGCUGAUGGAGACGUUUCCAAGUGAGUGCACCUAUCACCAAUCCAGCGCUCUCUUUUUGUUUUGUCUGUCUCUGACUGUACAGUUCUCGCCAAAUUCCCAAACAAGAUCGCCCCCUGGAAACACGGCCUAG